AUAAAUAGUGUAAUAAUUGUCCUUAUUUGCUAUCAAUUUUAAAAGUACAGGGAUUAAAUUAAUCCAAAAUUGGGGAAUAGGGAUUAAUUUGCAUUUUUCUAAGCAGUAUGGGGACUGGGUGGGUACUUUGACCAUGAAAAUAUAACAUUCGUUCACGUGGCAAGACAUUAUUGGUUAGUGAGUUUUACCCGUUGGUAUCGAGUUGUAGAAGAACAUAACCUAUUUAAAAAAGAGUAAGAAAAUCAAAAACGAAAACAAAAUCCAAGUGGAUGAGUUGAUGAGCUAAGCAAACAAAGAAGCCGAGAAGAGAGAGCUCAGCUGAGUAAAAAUGGUGGUUCUCUCUCCCUCUCUUAUAUCCCUUCCAACUCUCCAUUUCUUCAGGUAUGAGGCAGGCAGUAAUGGCAACGGAAUGCUAAGUCAUAAAAAUAGUAAUUGCAAUAGAAAAUUUCAUGAGAAAAUCACGGUGUGUUGUAGUGUUGCUUCAAAACCCACUUCCCAAAACGUGUUAUGGAGAAGGGAUUUGCUUCUCUUUGCUCUUUCUUCUUCACUCUCCACACUUUUCCCAUAUUCAGGGUGUCUUGCCGCGGAAGAUGUAAGAAUCGCUUCACUAGUUGAUGAAAUAAAUGCUUAUACCUAUUCAUACCCAGUGGAGUUACCAUCUAAGAAAUUCCUUUUCAAAUGGGUGGAAUCUAGAAAGCCGGAACGCUAUUCAUCCGCUGCACCUUUGUCUCCUGAUGCACGUCUACGCAUUGUGUCUGAACGUGUUGACAUUAUUGAUAAUCUCAUCAUUUCUGUUUCGAUAGGUCCUCCGAAUAUUCAGUUUUUAAAGUCAAAGGAUAAGAAGACCUGGGAAGCAAAAGAUGUUGCUGAUUCUGUAUUAUCUGACAAGUCUGCACUGCGUGUCACCUCGAGUCAGCGAAUGACCGAGAGUUCUGUUCUUGAUGCCCAUUCUAGUGAAAUUGAUGGUGAGCAAUAUUGGUACUAUGAAUACCUUGUUCGCAAAUCACCAACAAGAUCCGCUCAAGAACCAAACUUUUACCGGCAUUAUGUUGCUUCAACGGCUGAACGAGACGGUUAUCUGUACUCUCUAAGUGCUUCAACUCUCAACAAGCAGUGGACUGAGAUGGGUCGCUUUUUGCAACAGACUGUUGCAUCCUUUCGCCUUCUUCCUCCCACAGAUAGUUAUGUUCCUCCAUACAAAGAUCCAUGGAGAUUUUGGUGACAACUUUCUUUUUUUUUUUGUUUC